AUGGCUGGUCCCAGGAUCGCCUGCAUUGGAGUCAUUGGGAAAACAGAUAAUCCUCUCCACAUCUCUCUGUUCCCUCCAUACACAGAUGCGAGAAUCGAAUUCUCCUUCUUGCUGAACUCAUGUCUUGACAUUUUCGAGAUUCGGCGCAAGCAAACCUCCGUCGACCAAGACCUCGGGCUGCUGCAUGCGAUUGACGAAAGGCUGGCCGCCUACGGCUGGCUCACGACAACCGGGGUCAAGCUUUUGAUCAUCGUGGAUCUCUUUGGCCAGGAAGCCACCUCUGCUAGCAAGCCAGCAGGACCUGCAGUCAGCGGCCUGAGAGAUUCUGACCUAAAGCCUGCAUUCCGGGCAUUACAGAGCGCGUACAUCCAACUGCUGCAAAAUCCUUUCUAUUCCCCUGACGACCAUGUGCCCACACCUGGAGCGAGUGCAGGCGCAGCCUCCGCUUGCCAACCAAUCUCGAAUCCGAAGUUCAUAGCAGAUGUUGAACGUAUCGGUGAAUCAUGGACUCCGGGAACCACGUUGUAG